UUUAGUAAUUAAUUGAUAAUAUUUAUAGAUCGAUAUAUCUUUCUUUAAUCAUGGACGAAAUGAAAAAGAUAUUACAGUCGAUUCAAGAUCAACAACAAAAGCAAAGCGAUGAAAUAAAAUGCUUAGGAGACACGGUCGCGCAAAAAGUGAUAGAAAAGUUAGACCACAGAUUAGUCGCAAUCGAACAAAAACAAUUAGACCUCGAAAAUAAACUAGUACUCCAAGAAAAUCAUAUAGAAAACCUAGAACGUCGUCUCCGGCAGAGAAAUAUCAUCUUGUUCGGCUUAACGGAAAACGAACGAAGUUAUUUUGAUUUAGAAAAAAACGUCCUCCAAUUCAUUAACAACACGAUGCGAGUACAAUGCUAUGAAAUAGAUAUAGAAGCAGUGAGAAGGAUAGGCAAGAAGGGAAACAAAACCAGGCCGGUUAUUAUCACAUUCACAACGCUCAGCAGGAAAAUUCAAGUUUUAUGGAAAAAGAAAAAUCUAGAAGGAACAAAUUGGCAUAUAAAAGAAGAUUUCACAGAAAAAGUAUUGGAAAAGAGAAAAGGGCUUCAAGAAGAGGCGAAACAAGAACGUGAAAAGGGUAACAAGGUGAUUAUUAGGCAAGACAAGCUAAUUAUAUUGAAAAAUAAGGACAACCCCAGCCAGCGUAGUGAGAAACAUUAUAACAAUACAGAACACAACCUGAAGAAACGAAAUAUUAACUCCGUAUACUCACCUCCAAGGCCUCCAAGCCAGAGUUCUGACAAAGAGAAUGAAAUUAAUGUUCCCGAUACACUAAGCGUCAACCCGCAAGCCCCCAAGAAAAACAAAUACACAAUCACAGACUACAUGACAUCACCUAUUGGAUCAGCCCCAGCCAACGCAGCUAGCACAACAUCAGCACAAAGACCACCACCAGUGCAGAUGCCGCUAACACCAGCGCAAAAACUGCCAACACCAGUGUAUAACAACAACAGCGAACGAAAAAACUUAUAACUAGAACCCCUCUCCGCCUCCCACCACGGUUGGUCACCGAGGGAGAGCUAGACCGCCACCCUCCAAGGACACUUACCCAAACAAGUCUAUGCCCCAACUGAAAAUGCCUCCGAUGAACAAAUAAAGAUUUUCUACGAAACUGUCAACAAAGCAUAUGAUCAGGCAGACAAGCAAGUGAUCAUUAUGGGUGAUUUCAAUGCCAAAAUUGGACAGCCUAGACCAGAGGAAUACCUGAUUAUGGGAAAGCAUGGCUACGGCUCACGGAACCAACGAGGCGAACUACUAAUAGACUAUUGCUAUGAAAAAAAAUUAAAUAUUAUGAACACAUAUUUCAUGAAAAAUCAGAAUCGUAGAUGGACAUGGAUCUCACCUGAUAGCUCCAUAAAAAAUGAAGUUGAUUUUAUCCUAACAAACCAUAAGAAAAAUAUAAACAAUAUUGAAAUACUCAACAGUGUUAAGUUUUCAUCUGACCACCGAUUUGUAAGAGCAACAUGGAUACUUAAUCAGCCAAAAAAAAGCAGACACAACUAUAGAAAAAAAAUUGAAAAUAGCUUACAGACUGAAACUGAAAUACAAGACUACUUAACCUGCCUUGAAGAACAGAGAGGACCGCUGAUGACCCUAACACAAGAGGAUUCAACACAAAUAUUCCACGACAAACUGAUCAGCUGUAUCCAAACCUCUAUAAGGCACUCUCAGAAAAAUACCAACACUAAUCCCAAAAGUAUACUAUCAGAAGCUACAAGGCAACUAAUAAUAAAGAGAACUGAACUACAGAGCAUAAAACCCAGAACAAAGGAGACAAGAUCUGAGCUAAGUUAUAUCUACAAAAAAGUCAGUAAAAGCAUAAAAGAAGAUUAUAAAAAACACAGAGAGUUAAAAAUAGAAAGCCACCUUCAUGCAGCUGGUAGUUUGAAAAAAGCCUAUAAAGAACUUAGAACACAUAAAAAUUGGAUACAAGAACUACAAAGAUCAGAAAAAACUGCACAAUCUCGAGAUCAAAUACUGGAAAUAGCUACAACCUACUAUAAAAAUUUAUACAGCUGUCAAGACCCAGAAACACCACAAAUAGACUUACCAAACAUAAGUACCAGUGAAGUCCCAGUAAUAGACGAAAUAGCUAUACUGAACCACAUCAAAAACUUAAAGACUGGCAAAAGUCCAGGGCCCGAUAAUAUCACUAAUGAAAUGCUAAAGACUGCCGCUUCUUUGAUAGCUACACCAUUGGCACACCUAUUUAACCUUAUUUUAAAAACUGGAAUUACACCUAAAGAAUGGGCACAGUCAAAUAUAAUUCUGCUAUACAAAAAAGGAGACCCAAAGGACAUAGGAAACUAUAGGCCCAUCAGUCUGAUGUCUUGCAUAUAUAAACUAUUCUCAUCAAUCAUAUUAUCCCGAAUAAGUGAAAAAAUUGACAAACAUCAACCUUGCGAACAAGCCGGAUUCAGGAGCGGUUACUCAACUAUGGAUCACAUCCACACUCUGGAACAGCUUAUUGAAAAAUAUCAGGAACACCGUCAACCUUUAUAUACAGCAUUUAUAGACUAUGCAAAAGCAUUCGACACAAUAUCACAUACAUCUAUAUGGAAAGCUCUGAGUCAGUGCAAUAUAGAACCAGCAUAUAUAAAAAUAAUAAAACAUAUUUAUGAAAAUAGCACUAGUAAAGUUCAAUUAGACAAACUUGGGCAAUACAUACCAAUAAAGAGAGGUGUUAGGCAAGGCGACCCGCUGUCUCCAAAGUUAUUUCUAGCCGUACUUGAGACCGUAUUAAGCAGCAUUAAUUGGAAAAAGUUAGGGAUAAAUAUAAAUGGUAAUUAUCUAAACCACCUGAGAUUCGCCGACGAUUUAAUAUUAUUUUCAGAAAAAGGAGUCCAACUGGAACACAUGAUACAGACUUUACACGAAGCUAGUGCCAAAGUAGGUUUAAAAAUGAACUUCCUAAAAACCAAGCUUAUGACCAACAGCAUACAAAAGGCUAUAACAGUCGACAACACACCUCUGGAGUAUGUCGACAGUUUUACUUACCUAGGCAAACAGAUAUCUUUCAACAGUGAACGGCAUGAACAGGAAGUUGACCGUAGAAUAAAAAUUGCUUGGAAUAAGUUCUGGAGCCUAAAAGAAAUUUUAAAAAGUAAUAUGGACAUGACAGUAAAAAAACAAGUUAUGGAUAUGUGCAUUUUGCCUUCAUUGACGUAUGCUAGUCCAACCUGGGUGCUUACUACAAAAAUAAAAUCAAAAAUAAUUACAUGUCAAAGAGCAAUGGAAAGAAGCCUAACAAACAUUAGAAGAGUGCAAAAAAUACCGCACAUAAAUAUAAGAGCAAUAACAAAAUUAAUAGACGCUUUAAAGCAUGCCAA